AGUAUGUAAAAAACAGGAUAAGUUAAAUCAUUUGAUGUGUAAGGUAAGAUUAGAUAAAAUGUUUUAAUUUCGAAUUAAAUUGAAUCACACAACCCUUCUGAAAAUUAUAAAGGAUCUUAUGUUGUAUAUCUAACUUAAAAGACAUUAUUAUCAUAAAGGAUUUCUAUGGCGUCAUCUAUCCAUAAAGAUGUGAAAUAGACAUCAAAUAGCAAUAAUUUAUACACAUGAGGUGCUUAAGGGCUUAAUGUAGUUGUAUUUUAAAUGACAGACAUUUAUAAGUUAUCUAAAACGAUUGCAGUUUAUGGUGAACUUGAACAAUUUACAAAUUUGGCUGGACUAUUUGUUAAAAAGUUUUUGAAACCAUAAAUGCAAUUAAUAUUAGUACAAUAAAUAUUCUUAGCUUCGUAAAC